GCCCCAGGGGAGGGGCCACGAGCUGAGCUGGAGGUUUGUUCAGCCAUGUUAGUUUCUUCUGCUGUUCACAAACGAUGAGAGGAGAAUCAUGGCCUUGUCACUGAGCGGAGACGACGAGGAAUAUGAGUCAGAGUCUGAGCAGCAGCGGGCAGCCAACCGUCCAAAGCCCAAAAUGGGGACAUCCUCAACUGUCAAGCUGCCGUCCAACCGCAGUUCGUCUGGAGCCAGGCGUAGGAGGACGCGCUGCAGGAAGUGUGAAGCAUGCCUCCGCACUGAAUGUGGAGAGUGUCACUUCUGCAAAGACAUGAAGAAGUUUGGUGGACCAGGCCGCAUGAAGCAGUCCUGCAUAAUGCGGCAAUGCAUCGCACCUGUUUUGCCUCACACAGCGGUGUGUGUGGUGUGUAAAGAAGCAGGGAAGGAGGACACGCUGGACGAUGAAGAUGACAAGUUCAACUUUAUGCUCAUGGAGUGCUCCAUUUGCAAUGAGAUUGUCCAUCCAAACUGCCUCAAGGUCAGUGACGCCUCAGGAGUCGUGAACGAUGAACUCCCUAACUGCUGGGAGUGUCCCAAAUGCAACCAUGCUGGGAAGAGUGGGAAAGUACUGAAGCAAAAAAGGGGUCCCGGGUUCAAGUAUGCAUCCAACCUCCCUGGCUCUUUGCUGAGGGAACAGAAGCCUGUGAAGGAUGAGGGAGACAUUUCAUUAGCAGCAAAGAGGAGGCCGGACAGAGAGGAGACGCCGAGGUACAGAACCGAGGAGAUGCUCCACCGACCGCCGCCACUGCUUUCACCCAGCAGCCAGAUACGGCCCAGGCCUGAAGACAAACUGAGGAAGAAGAGGAAACUGUUUGAUGACGAUGAUGAUGAUGAGGAGGAGGAGGAGCUUUCUGAGAGGAAGAAGGAAAAGACAGAUGACCCAUAUUUCCCCAAACUUCUGCCUCAAAUUAAAAUAGAAAAGGAUGAUGAAGACGCGUAUGGGGAAGAUGAUGAAGAGGGCAGAGAUUUUCUCUUCCGCAGCAGUGUAGGCAGAAAGGGGCACUUUGGAGAGACUGAAGAUGAUGAUUACAAGGACUCCAGGAAUGACCCUUUGAAUCCCUCCAUCAAAACGCCGGUCGGAGACAGUGAUCAGUCCCACUGCAGCUCCCCACAGGCCGGUCCAAGCAGCGAGGGCGGAAGUGAGACGCAGGAAAAAGGGCCUCGAUCAAAAGCUCGCCGCAAGCGGCGCUUGCCCAACAGAGAGCUGAGUCGAGAACUGAGCAAAGCACUGAACCAGGAGAUCCAGAAGACAGAGGACUGUCUGGCCAACGAGAACCGACAGCCACUCAAAGUGGAACCGGAGACGGAAAACGAGGAACCAAAGAGGCUUUUCCGGAAUGGUAAUGAGCUCGGAGAUCAGAGAUCUCACCUGAAGCCCAAGGAGAUGAACGGGACCGCCUGGGAGCUGCGCCACUUCUAUCCAAGUCAGAUAACGCCUCUGGGCUUCAACCGGAGCACCCCAGCUACCCGACCAGUUCCACCGCGCUCUCCUCCCAAGUGUGUCCAAAUGGAACGCCAUGUCAUUCGGCCCCCUCCCAUUAGUCCCCCUCCCAACAGAUUGCCCCUUACCGAUGGUAAAGCACACGUUCUACAGAUUGAGGUCUGGAUGAAGAUAUUUGGCUACGUCUCCCAUCAGGAGCUGUGUGUCUGCAUGAGCGUCUGUAAGACCUGGAACAGAUGGUGUUGUGAUAAGAGACUCUGGACAAAGAUUGAUCUGAAUCGCUGCACCUCCAUCACACCACUUAUGCUAAGUGGGAUUAUCCGCAGGCAGCCUGUUUCCUUGGACCUCAGCUGGACUAACAUUUCCAAAAAGCAGCUAAGCUGGCUUAUUAAUAGAUUGCCAGGUCUGCGAGUGUUAAAGCUGUCGGGCUGUUCCUGGGCAGCAGUAUCUGCUCUCUGCACCUCUAGCUGUCCUCUGCUGCGCACCCUGGAUGUCCAGUGGGUGGAAGGACUCAAAGAUGCUCAAAUAAGGGAUCUCCUGUCACCUCCUACAGACAACAGGCCAGGUCAACUAGAUAACCGCUGCAAGCUGCGGAACGUGGAGGAACUACGGCUGGCAGGGUUGGACAUCACAGACGCGUCCCUACGUCUCAUCAGUCGACAGAUGCCUUUGCUGUCCAGGCUGGACCUGAGUUACUGCAACCACAUCAACGACCAGUCUGUCAACCUGCUGACGGCUAAAGGGACCACCACCAGAGACUCGCUCACAGAAAUCAACCUGUCAGUUUGCAACAGAGUCACAGAUCAUUCCCUGAACUUUUUCAAGCGCUGUGAAAGCAUCUGUCAGAUCGACCUCCGCUUCUGCAAGCAGGUGACCAAAACAGCCUGUGAGCGUUUCAUCGCAGAGAUGUCUGUGAGCGUACCGUUCAACCUGAAGGAGGACAAACUGCUGCAGAAGAUAAGCUAGUAGCUAAAAGGACAAAAACUACAAACUUUGCACUUAAAGGAACUGGUCCCGGCAUAUGUCUCUGGCUUCCUCUCAUAAUAAAGCAAGAAGCUAAACAGAUCUUUGACUAUGAAGAGGAUAUUAAAGUUCACUGGACACGAGAGGAAAUGGGUUGCAUGUUUUUCUGUUGAAACUAUUUUUUAUACAAAAAAAAUAAUUUGGUUCUGUUUAGUUAUUUUUAUUCUUUAAAAAUCUGAAAAUAGUAUUUUUGUACACGUUAAUUUUCUUCUUUUUUUUUUGCUACACUUGGUCUACAGCAUGAAAAACGGAUGCUUCUACUCUGUUUUACUGUAACUGUGCCAAAAGCUGCUUUUGACAUGGACACUCGUAAGAUAAAACCACUCUGCAUGUGCUGUGAUUUAAUUAUCAUAUUAAAGAAUUCCAAAUGUAUUUCAGUGAUGAUCAAAAUCUCAUAUUACUGUUACACUCAUGUUUUACAUUGAUAUUUUUAAUAGUGGAUUGUUUUGUUUAAAUAUGGUUUUCAUCAACAUUAAUUUAUUGAUUUGUAUAUUUUUUACUACAGUUUGUAUUUAUUCCGUAACUUGACAGAGGUGUUUUACGUAGUUUGGAUCAAAUAAUGCCUGUCAAUUUCAGGGUUGUUUGAGCCUGUUGGCGAAGGUUCAACACCCAAAAGUCAGUAGCAGGAAGUUGCAGUAAAUCCUAACCGUGGCUUCUUCACUGUCGCACCUCUGGUUGCUAUAGUGGUGUCUUGCGUCUCACAUUUGCAAAUAUCAAAAUAAAAUUAAGAAUAUACUUCCUUAGGUGUUGUAUUUUGGGUGUUGUGCUGUAAUCUGUUGCCUCAGGUGAAUGUGAUUUUGUUCAUAUUUGUAAAUCCAAAAACUGAAGUGUUAAUUUGAAUUAAAAUAAUUGCAUUUGCAUCAUUAAGAA